AAAGACAAUAUGAGGGCAGGCGAUAUUCAGAAAUUAACAACAAUUUGGUAUGAAAUUUUGAAUGAUUAUCGUUUACAAAAUAAAGAUAUUGUACAAAUGUGCUUAAAGAUUAUUGGCUUAUAUAUAGCUUGGAUUGACAUAUCUUUGAUUGCAAAUGAAGCAUUUAUUUCACUUUUAUAUGAAUUAUUAAGUGAUUCAAAAUUAAGAAUCUCUGUUUGUGAGUGUUUGGCCGAGAUUGUAAGCAAAGGUAUGAAACCAAGUGAGAAAUUAAAGCUAAUCCAAGCUUUAAAUAUAGCAAAUGUCAUGAGAAAUUUAGAUUAUGUAAGUACUUCAGGAGUUAGUUUGGACAUACGACACAAUUCUUUGAGUGAUUCUUCAAUUUCUGAUGGUAAUUCUGGUGAUGGUUUAAGUUUUUUGACAUUUGCCAGUGUAGAAGAUCCACCAGCGUCUACUGAAUCAGCUAAAAGUGUAAACGAUCAAUCACAAUUCAAAAAUUCUGAUUCUGGAGCAUCUGAAUCUGUUCCAACUGAACCAAUUUCUUGGACCACGAUUAUUGUUCUUUCUUCAAUCGGUGGUUUAAUUGUUGUGGCUGUUAUUCUUUUUGCAUUUGUUCGCAGAAAAAGACGUAGAGAAAUGGCUAAUAAUAUUGUUGCAACAUCUUCUGUUGCAUGGGAACAACAAAAUAAUGCAUACGAAAAGAUGGAGGAGGAUGAUGAGCCAACAUCAUUAGGAUCAUUCACUGUUGUUGCAAGUUAUACACCAUCCUUAGAUGACGAAUUGGAGAUACAACCUGGUGAUAAGGUUACAAUUCUUGUGGAAUAUGAUGAUGGUUGGGUAAAUGGUAUUAACGAAUCACGUGGUGGGAUUAAGGGAAUGUUCCCUAGACAUUGCGUCGACAUGAAUAGUGUUCUUAAUAAUAAAAGGUCUAAAAUUUUUUAG